AUGGGGGUUUCCUUUCCUGCUGAAGAGCAAGCAGCCGUAGAGCUUGGAAAGCGCUUGGAGAUCUUUUACACUUCCCUCUAUCGGGCCUUGCUUUUUCCUCGACGGCUAGAAGAGGAGACUCCAGCAGGUUUGCAGCACUGGAGCCCGUACAGCGGGCAGGUGGUCAGUGGGGUUGGUGUUAGCGACAAUGGCUUCUGGGACACCUUCCGAACUGUCUAUCCGUUCUUGUCCAUCGCAUAUCCCAAGACGUUGUCUAUCAUCCUCACUGGUUGGUUGAAUGCCUUCAAGGCUGGCGGCUGGUUGCCGAAAUGGGCUUCACCGGGCUACCGGGACAUGAUGGUAGGUACCUUUGCUGACGUCGUCCUGGCCGAUGCCAUCAUCAAGAACAUCUCAGGCUUUGACAGGGAAUUGGCUUGGAAAGCAUUGUACAAAGAUUCUUACGAGGCAUUCACGGUCGAUUCCUCGCGUGGCAAAACUGGAUUGAAGCACUACCAGGAGAAAGGCUUCGUUCCGAUCGAUGUCGGUGUUUCGGAGGCUUGCUCGCGGACGUUGGAUUUUGCUUUCGCUGAUGCAGCUUGCGCAGCAGCCGCACAACGACUGGGGAAACGCCGCGAGGCCCAGGAAUUGAAAGCGCGGAGCCAGCAGGCUCUCCGCGAGCUCUAUGAGCCCCAAAGUGGGCUUAUGGGCCACAGGAAAAAGAAUCAGGACUUCGUGCAGGAGGCUCCCGAAACGUGGGGUGACUGCUACACGGAGGGGUCGGCGUGGCAUCAUUCGUUUCCACCGUUCGACCUUGACACGCUAAUGGAGUUGCAUGGCGGCCGAGACAAGCUCACUCAAAAGUUAGAUGAGCUUUUCACGGUCCCAUCCAACUUCAAAACUGGCUCCUACAAGAACGAAAUCCAUGAGAUGCGGGAGAUGCGAAUGCUUGGCAUGGGUCAAUACGCCCACAACAACCAGCCAGCUCACCAUUUGCCGUAUCUUUUCGCUAUGCUCGGUGACCACAACACCACUGCGAAGCUCGUUCGGCAGAUCCUCACGCGUGCCUACUCGCCAGAAGGCUACGCGGGUGAUGAAGACAAUGGAGAGAUGGGAUCCUGGUAUGUGCUGAGUGCGCUGGGACUGUACGAUCCGACCCCUGGCGUCACCGAGAACUACGUGCUGGGAGCAGUUCCACUCUUCAAGCGAGUGAGGCUCCAUGAGCUGGACAUCACUAUCGAGGCCCCGAGCGCAGUCGAGGCCUCGCCGGUGGUCAAGGAAGUUCUGUGGCAUUCCCGCCUGCUGCCUGGAACCAUUGCCUACUCCGAACUGAGUUCCGGAGGCGUGCUUCGCUUCGUCUCCCCUGGUGAUGCAAAUCUUGGAACGAUA